AUGGCGAAAGCUUCCCAUACAUUGCAAAAAAGUGCUGUCGUCCAGCACAUCGCCAAAGCCCAUAACCUGAAAGGUCAACUGCCUGAAGAAUCUGCCAACUGCCUGGAAUCGUUAGCAACAACCAUUCGUUUCGUGACGCUGAACUGCCGAACACUAUCGAGUGAAGUCCAACAAGCCGCUCUAUCCAGACUUCUGCGAUAUCUUUGUGUGGCUUUUGCUGCACUGCAGGAAACACGCAUGAGAGACCGGCCCGUCAUCAGCAUCGAAAAUUACACCAUAUACUGCGGCGAUGCUGAUGAGAACAAAGUAGGUGGUUGCGCGAUAGCUGUGAGGAACGAUUACAAGAACCUGGUGGAGGAAUUUGGCUCAAUGUCGUCUAGAUGCGCCUUUUUACGACUGCGGGAUCGCGGAGGACGUAAACUCUGGAUCGUAAGUGCUCACGCACCUACGGAAACCGCUGAGUACAACAGUAAGAACGCCUUUUAUGAUGAACUCAAUGCGUUGAUGUCUAAAAUACCAAGCCAGCAGGUGGUCAUUGUCGGAAUCGACGCAAAUGCGAAGAUGGGACUCGAACAGCAAUCUGAUGUGCUAGGAAAAUGGUACUAUGCAGCGGAGCGCACUUCGGACAACGGUGACCGUCUGGUCGACUUGUGCGAACAGACGAGCCUCAUCAUCGCUUCCACGUUUAAGAGGAAUGAUCGACGCCAUCAGCUCACGUGGCAGGGGUCAACCCUUUUAACGCCUGAAGAGUAG